AUGGACCCACUCACUAGAAAAUGGAGGCUAAAGUCAAAAGGGCGAUCAAAUUCUGUCGGUGCUAAAUCUAAAUCAUCCAAUCUCGCAAAAGGAAGGGAAAAGAGACAUGAACCAUUGCCACAAGCCACAGCUUCAGAUGCAGAAACGCCAAAAACAUCUGCACCACACCUUGAGAAGGAAUCUGACUACCCUGACAGUACAACAAAGAGAAAAUUUAAUCUAGUAGCAGAUAUUUUAAGAGAGAAAGAAAGUGUUGGAGUAAUUUCGAAUGAUACUGAAAAUAAUUUGGAGAGGUCAUUUAGUAUGGAAAGUGAUAUUCAAGAUUCAGGUGACUUUAUGGUUGUCCACAAAUCAUUUUGGGCAAGCUUUGUGAAAAACCUGCUUUGCAGUGCAUGCCAAGCUAAGGAUCUGACAGUUAAAAUGGUAGAAGAACAUGGCUUUGUCAAGAAAAUGAUUGUGAGGUGCAAGUCAUGCGGUGGAAUCCUGUCCAGCCUCUAUACAAGUCCACGCAUCAAGGAUUCCACCAGCAAACGGCCCCCAUUCUCAUUGAAUAGAAAAAUGUGUGAUGCAUUUGUCAGCAUUGGUGCAGGGUAUGCAUCAAUGGAAAAGUUUGGAAUAACACUCCAAAUGAAUAUUAUUAAUCCAGAAGUGUAUCGGGAUCAUCUCAACCAACUAAUUCUGGAGAAUCAAAGCCUGCGGCAACAAACCCUGUCUCUUGCUCGAGAAGCUGUCAGGAGGGCCCACAUUGAAGUCGAUCCCAGUUUGGCGGAUCAAGAUGUGAUAGAUAUUCCAGUGUCCUUUGAUGGCUCCUGGCCCAAGAGAGGCCACACUUCAUUAGUUGGUUUUGGAGCAGUUGUUGAUAUUCUUACUGGUUUAGUGGUUGACUUUGAACUUGUUUCCAAAUUUUGCCAUAUGUGUUCCAUUCGUGCAGAUGAAUUUGGAGACACAGAAACAUUUCAAGCUUGGAAAAAACGGCAUGAAGAUCUUGGAGAGUGCAACAUUAAUUUUGAAGGGUCAUCCAAUAGCAUGGAAAAGGAAGUGGGUCUCAAAUUGUGGAAACGAUCAGUGCAAGAAUGCAAAAUGAGAUACACUGUUAUGCUGAGUGAUGGUGAUGCAAGUACUUAUGAUUUUUUAGUGGCAGAGAAUAUUUAUGAUGGAAUUGAAAUUGUCAAAGAAGAGUGUACAAACCAUGUUGAAAAGAGACUGGGCACUGGAUUAAGAAACCUCGUUCAAGUUGAGAAAUCCAGGGGAGUGACCUUGGGAGGCAGGGGUGAGGACACCCUCAAGGUAGACAAUAUUAAUAAGUUGCAAAAUUAUUACCGCCUAGCAAUUCAGAAAAAUGCCCCUGAUGUUGCUGCUAUGAGGAAUGCAAUCCUCGCCACAAUAUACCAUGCAAACUCAACGGUCAGCAAGCCCAAACAUCAGUACAGUACCAACUCGAUCGCUGUCGCGCGACAGCGAUAG